AUGAGUGUUUAUCGUCUUUUACUAUUUGUAACCUUUUUAUGUUGCAUCAGGGCCAAGAAGAUGCGAUGGUGCACAGUGUCGGAUCCCGAACAGAGGAAGUGUGCAGACUUAGGUAAAGCUCUAAGGGACGUGCUGCCGCCAGCUGCUUUGGCAGCUUUUGCCAAACUGUCAUGCAUACGAGCUUCCAGCACAUCGGACUGCAUAGACAGAAUUAAAGCUAAUAGAGCUGAUAUAGUGACUCUGGAUGCUGGAGAGGUUUAUUCUGCUGUAAAGCAGUUUGAUCUUGUUGCCAUUGCUAAGGAGGCAUACAGUGACGGGGGCUGCCUUCUCUCAGUGGCUGUGGUGACAAACAGCAGCUUGGACAUCCGAUCCUUGAGGGGCCUCAGGAGCUGUCACAGCGGGGUCCGCUGGACCACCGGAUGGAGCCUCCCGCUGGGCUUCCUGCUGUCCCGGAACUACCUGACCUGGUCCAAAGAGCAUCCUCUCAGUCAAGGUUGUGGACUUUGUCAGUACAGCUCUCUGCAAAUUGCUCUGCUCCGAUCUGGUUCUGACUUGUCUUUCUGCUCUGGAUCAGAUGUGAGUGACUUUUUCAGUGCCAGCUGCAUUCCGGGAGCUGCGGCCAUUGCACCGCCUCUGUGCACCUUAUGCCAAGGACAGAAGUCGUACAUCCGCCAGAAGAAUUAUCACUGUGAAACAUCUCACAGUGAACCCUUCUACAACAACCAGGGAGCUCUGAGAUGUCUAAAGAGCAAGACAGGAGAUGUUGCGUUCGUGGACCAUUUAGCUCUGGAAAGUAUUGAAGAGAGUGAGCGGGACGGGUUCAGGUUACUGUGUACUGACGGCACACAGGCUCCUCUCAGCCACUAUAAAAGCUGUAAUCUGGGUCGUGGUCCAGGAGGGGGAAUGGUCACCAGACACAAUUUUCGCAAGGUUGUCAGAAAGUUUCUCAUGACCAUUCAGUUGUUCUUUGGUCGGCAAGGAAGAGAGCAGCAGCGCUUCCAGCUCUUCAACUCAACAAGCUAUGGAGAGAGCGAUCUUCUCUUCAAAGAUGUGACGCAUAAACUGGUGGUGUUGUCAGACGACAUGGACGUCAGCCAGGUGCUGGGGCUCGAUUAUGUUGCCCUCCUCAAAGGCCUUGGGCAUGAAGGAAGCUCCUUGGAGGACAGUGUUGUGCGAUGGUGCUGCAUCAGCCAUGCUGAGCAAAAGAAAUGCGAGCAGUGGGCUCUCAGCAUAAAGUCCGACCCGCUGGUGUGUGUCAGAGCCGCCUCCAUUGGUGACUGUAUUGAGAAAAUAAAGAGAGACGAGGUGGACGCGGUCUCGCUGGAUGCAACUCACUCAUUCAUUGCAGGAAAAUGUGGACUGGUUCCCGUGGUGACAGAAUACUACGUCUUGCCCUCGGUGGUCGGCGUCGCAGUGACAAAGCGCUCCAACAAGAACGUGUUCAUGGGAAAUCUGGGAGGCCGCCGCUCCUGCCACAGUUACAUGUACAGCCCAGCGGGCUGGCUGCUGCCCUACAGGCACACUCUGAGCCAGGAGCAGAACACCAGCUCCCCCUGUGAUCCAAACCAAGUGUACAAUAAGGUGUUUUGGAAAGGCUGUCUCCCUGGCUCUGAGGGAAAUCUGUGCAAAGUGUGUAUGGGAGGCACAGGGGAGGCUGCUACCAAACGCUGCGCUGACAACCACAAUGAGCGUUACUAUGGCAACAUGGGUGCCUUAAGGUGCCUGGUAGGAGAUCCAACAGGGAAAAGCUAUGGUGAUGUGGCCUUUCUUGAGCAACACAACCUCCAAGCCAACAUUCUUCGUUUGAAUUCCACCGGUUGGGCAGACGGAUGGAUAUCGUCAGAUUUCGAGCUGCUGUGUGGAGAUGGGCGUCGUGCUCCUCUGACAGAGUGGGAGAGUUGUAACCUGGGUAUUAUCCCACCAAACACCAUCAUGACGAGGCCAGUGCUCGCUGCACGAGUGUACGACUUCCUCAUGAAGUCACAGGAAACUUUUGCAGCCAACCUAGAUGCUGAGUUCAAGCUCUUCGAGUCUCAUCAGUAUGGAGAAAGCGAUCUGCUGUUUAAAGACGUAACCGAGUGUUUCGUCCACACCAGCCACAAGGACUACCGCUCCAUCCUCGGAGAAGAGUUUCACACUCAGGUGGAAUCGGUCUUCAACUGCACACACUCAAUUCUAACAACAGAUAUUCUGGAGUUCUGUAACCAGGAUGUGUGCAGCAUAUUCUAA